AUGCCUGGCGUGGUCAACGGCGACGCCAAUGGCUCCAGCGAGCCUCGCACUCACAGCCCCUCCCAGCGCUACCUCAGCACCAGGGGCGAGGACGUCGACCUCUCGUUCGAGGAGGCAGUUCUCAAGGGCCUUGCCUCCGACGGCGGACUCUUCAUCCCAGAGCACAUCCCUACUGCCACUGAGUGGCAAAGCUGGAAGGACCUCUCCUUCCCCGACCUGGCCCUCGAGGUUCUCUCCCUCUACAUCUCGACAGCAGAGAUUCCCCGGGACGACCUCAAGGGAAUCAUUGACCGCAGUUACUCGACCUUCCGCCACCCCGAGACGACGCCUCUGCGCCACCUCCACGACAACCUCUACCUCCUCGAGCUGUUCCACGGACCCACCUUUGCAUUCAAGGACGUUGCGCUCCAGUUCCUGGGCAACCUUUUCGAGUACUUCCUGGUGCGAAAGAAUGAAGGCAAGACUGGUGCUGACCGGCACCACCUGACUGUUGUCGGUGCCACGAGCGGCGACACCGGCUCUGCGGCCAUCUACGGCCUUCGCGGAAAGAAGGACGUUUCCGUCUUUAUCCUGCACCCCAAGGGCAGAGUCAGUCCCAUCCAGGAGGCCCAGAUGACUACGGUGCUGGAUGCCAACGUGCACAACCUCGCUGUCACGGGCACGUUCGACGACUGCCAGGACAUUGUCAAGGCUCUCUUCGCCGAUCCCGAGACGAACAAGGCUCUCAACCUGGGUGCUGUCAACUCCAUCAACUGGGCCCGCAUUCUCGCGCAGAUCGUCUACUACUUCCACGCCUACUUCUCCCUCACCAAGUCGGCGGCCGAUUUCAACAUUGGCGACAAGGCUCGGUUUGUCGUGCCCACGGGCAACUUUGGCGACAUCCUUGCUGGAUACUUUGCGCACAGAAUGGGUCUUCCUGUGGAGAAGCUUGUGGUUGCCACCAACGAGAACGAUAUCCUGGACCGGUUCUGGAAGACUGGCAAGUAUGAGAAGCAGCCAGCCCACGGCCCGGAGGCGGAAGGCGGCCUCGAGGUCGACGGCGUCAAGGCGCACGAGGACGGAGUCAAGGAGACACUCAGCCCGGCCAUGGACAUUCUGGUGUCGAGCAAUUUCGAGCGCCUGCUGUGGUUCCUCGCAUACGAGUUCGCCGCCACCGCCGGCAUGGACGACGAGUGGAACAAGAAGCAGGCCGGCCAGGAGGUCAGCACGUGGCUGAAGCAGCUCAAGACGAGCGGCGGGUUCGGCCCCGUCUACCGGGACGUCCACGAGUCUGCCAAGCGCGACUUUGAGAGCGAGCGGGUCAGCGACUCGCAGACUGUCGACACCAUCAAGGAGUACUUCAACAAGAUCGACUACGUCCUCGACCCGCACUCUGCGGUGGGUGUGGCUGCCGCUGCGCGCUCGCUGAGCCGCUCCAGCACCACCCCUCACAUUUCGUUAUCCACGGCGCAUCCGGCCAAAUUUGCCGGGGCUGUCGAGCUUGCCCUCAAGAGUGAGGCCGGCUUUGACUUUGAGAACAAGGUCCUGCCGACCGAGUUUGUCGGCCUGGAGUCCAAGGAGAGGAGAGUGACAGACGUUGAGAACAGCUGGCAAAAGGUCGGCGAGAUUGUGCAAAAGCAGGUUGAGGAGGAGCUCAAGGGACAAAGGUAG